GCGGGAUUCAAACAGCAAGCUACUUUAAAUGACCACGGGAAUUUUAAGAUUAAGUAACAAAUACGAGAAAGGAGACCUCAGAUUUUUAUUUAUUUAUUGCUAAUAAAACAAAUUAUGCUAUGAUCACAGACACCGAAUGAAAACUCGGGGCAGAAAUUGUUUGAGGAUAUAGUUAAAGUGUUGGAUUGCUCAAAAGUCCGACGGACCUUGAAGGAGACAUCAUGCAAACAGAAUCCGCGGCGCAUUAACUGCGACAAGAGCUGUGUUAGUAGCCUAGAUAAACUUUUCACAGCUAGCUCACUUAAAGCGUUUUUUAAUAGUAUGUAAUUAAAUUCUUGAAAUAACUUCAGUAAAACGUUAUUAAUUCCUAAGUUGUAAUAUAAUAGCUUGGCAUAUUGUGAAGCCGAAGUGAGAUUUGCUGUCAACUCGGGAUACUUGUAAAGUUAAGUCUUUGCGGUUGCUGCUGGUUUGACAUCCUGCACAUGGACAACAGCGGCUCAGAUGAGACGACGGGGCAGAAUGAGGGUCCAGCUGCUGAGGAUUACCCAGCACAGGAAGACACCUCACCAGCAGACAUGCUGAGAAUCAAGCAGCAGAUGGCGAACCAGUGCUUUGAGAUGACUGUGCAGCUCAACGCAGGAAAAAAUAAGCGGCCCUGCAGCACAUCUCAGGCAGAAAGAGAGCUGCCGGACUGCGUCUCGGAGCUUGAACACGUGAAGACGGUCCAUUUCAACAGCACCCUGGCUCUGCACAGAAUACAAAUGUGGAACGCUAUAGGAGAAAAAAUGAAGCAGACGGAUCCAGAUGCAACAGACCUGAAGGCUGUGAGUGCUCGCUGCAUGGCUCUGUGUUCGCAGAUAAAACAGCUCCAGAUAGAGACCAGAAAUCUGCAAGAUGAAAUUACAGAAAUGCAGAAGGAGAGACUGGAGAUUAAACGACUCACACAUGAAAAAAUGAAAGAGACGCAGGAGUUACUGUCCAACAAAGAGCAUCCAGACUCAGAAAAGUACAAAGCGGUGCUGGAGAAAGGCCAAGAAAACUUGGAGAUUUAUAAGAAGAUGACCAUAAUGGCACAGAAUGUCCUCAGGGGCAUCCUGUUGGCGUGUAAAGUUAACUGGCUGGAAGAGCCAAACCUUCGUGAAAUUGUAAUGACGUUGGAGGACUUUCCUAUCUCUGACUAGAAAAAUCAUUAAUUUAUCUCAGUUACAUGUUUUUUGUUUUGCAUUCUUUAAUAAAAAAGUCUCAAACCCC